AUGGUGAUUACUACUCGAAGUGGUAAGUUGUUAUGUGAACCCUCUGUGGGCAAAUCUAUGGAAAAUAAGGUAAGUAUUGAAAAACCAGAAGAAAGUAGUCCAAUGAAGUCUAAAAACCUAGAUGGUUUUGUUGAUUUUUUGGAGAAAGAAGACAAGAAAGAAGAGAAAGUGGUGUUAAAUACUAUCCCUAGACCGUCACCUCCCUUUCCCAACCGAUUGAAGAAAAAGGUUGAUGAGGCAAAAUUUGGCAAGUUCAUGGCUAUGCUCAAGCAAUUGACAAUUAAUGUACCUUCGGUUGAGGCACUUAAGAAAAUGCUAGUCUAUGCCAAGUUUAUGAAAGACCUCAUCACAAAGAAGAGGAAGGUCAGUAGUGACCAGGUGGAUAAUCUCCACCAUUGUAGCGCGGUUUCCAUACUAUUCUUAGUUCAAAACAAGGCCGACCCAGGUGCAUUCACUAUUCUGUGCAAGGUUGGGUCUCUGGAUAUUGCAAGGGCAUUAUGUGAUUUGGGUGCCAGCGUGAAUCUGGUGCCACUUGUUUUAUGUAAGAAGCUGGUUUUGGAAGAUCCAACACCUACUAACAUGCGACUGGUGAUGGAAGAUAGGUCAAUAAAGCGGCCUGUUGGAAUUUUGCAUGAUGUGUUGGUGAAAUUAGCAGACUUUAUUCUUCCUAUUGAUUUUGUGGUACUGGAUUGUGAUGUGGACUUAGAGAUACCCAUUAUCUUGGGAAGGCCACUCUUGGCAACAGAAAGAUUAAUCGUUCACAUGGAGUUAAACGAGCUCAAGUACUCUAAAAUGGAACCAAAAAGAAAGAGUCCUACAAAACCAAAGAAAGCGGUCAAAGAUGAUGUACAUCGUAAGCUCCUCAACGAGGAAUAUAACUACUGGGAGAAGGAACCCUUGCUCAGAAAGCUAAAGAAGAAGCAGAGUCCAAAGAAAACUCCACCACCUCCACCAAUUGAGGUGGAGGACACUGAAGAUAAGGAUCAAGGAGAAUCGAAAGAAUCUGAGUCCGAAGAAACCACUUUCAGGUCCCCAUCCACUGAGAAACAAGAUGAUAAAGAGACUCCACCUCGGAGGACUCUUAUCAAAUGUGAGAACCCGUAA